GUGAAUGAGUGUGUGCGUGCGCGUGUGUGCGCGCGCGUGUGUGUGUGCGUGCGCGCCAGCUCUGCCUUCCUCACCUUUUCGGAAAGCUGCUCUUCCCGAGACGAAACCUCGGCAGCUGAACGGCAGGAAUUCACCGCGAAUAAAAGCCGUUCCGGCUCACACCGCGGAGGAGCCGCUUCCCUCCACAAACCGGGCUUUGCUUAUGUUUUUGUUUUUGUUUGUGGUUUUUUAACACACACACACACACACACGUAUAUAUAUAUAUACACACACACACGUCUUUUUUCCGUUUGCUGUGUGUUUUCUUUAAGCACAGUUGCCGAAGAGGACAGGUUGCCGUUAGGUUUCCCCUUUCCUCUCCUCUCCUCUGAACCGGUCUUCUACUUGUCCGCAUCCUUCUCUCGACUUUGAGAAAGCGGGAAGUCAGAAGUGAGUCAGACUUUUUACCGGAGAGUCCGACAGAGAGCGGCUUCCCGCUAACGCCGAGACUCUCAUCCCACUGGCGCUAGCGGAGCAUGAACCGCAGCCUCACUGCUCUUCCUACCGGAGAAACUCCUUCUGCCUGCUCUGUGCGCUCCGACACACACUUCUGAAACUCACCCACAGGUGCAGAGCCUGAAGAUGAGCGUCUUUGGGAGGAAUUUUCGCGCGCUGUUGUGACUCCGCCGAGUUUCGAGCAAGCAUGAGGAGAGCACCCAAGCCGAGCACAAUGGCCUGCUCAGUGUGGAGUGUCCCAAGCCUCCGUUGCCUGAUGUUCGCUCUGGCUGCUCUACAGUGCACUGAAGGCUUCAGUCGGGGAGCACUGCCAUUUGGUUUGGUCAGGCGGGAACUGUCCUGCGAGGGCUACCCAAUUGACCUACGCUGUCCAGGAAGUGAUGUCAUCAUGAUUGAGAGUGCUAAUUAUGGACGCACGGAUGACAAGAUCUGUGAUGCUGACCCCUUCCAGAUGGAAAAUAUCAACUGCUACCUCCCUGAUGCCUACAAGAUAAUGUCCCAAAGGUGCAAUAAUCGAACCCAGUGUAUUGUCAUUACGGGAACGGAUGUCUUCCCUGACCCUUGCCCAGGAACUUACAAGUACCUUGAGGUCCAGUAUGAAUGUGUCCCUUAUAUUUUUGUUUGUCCUGGAACUCUGAAAGCUGUCGGAGAUCCUUCCUUUCUGUACAAGGCGGAGCAGCAAGCUGGCGCCUGGUGCAAAGACCCUCUUCAAGCAGGCGACAAAGUUUAUUUCAUGCCCUGGACGCCGUACCGCACCGACACGCUGAUCGAGUACUCGUCGUUUGACGAUAUUCAGAACGCCAGACAAACCCUGACGUACAAACUUCCCCAUCGAGUGGACGGCACCGGGUUCGUGGUGUACGACGGCGCGGUGUUCUUUAACAAGGAGAGAACACGCAACAUUGUGAAGUUUGACUUGCGCACACGCAUCAAGAGCGGCGAGGCCAUCAUCAACAACGCCAACUACCACGACACGUCUCCGUACAAGUGGGGCGGCAAGACGGACAUCGACCUGGCCGUGGACGAGAACGGCCUGUGGGUGAUUUACGCCACCGAGCAGAACAACGGCAUGAUGGUGCUGAGCCAGCUGAACCCGUACACGCUGCGCUUCGAAGCGACGUGGGAAACGACCUACGACAAGCGCUCGGCCUCUAACGCCUUUAUGAUCUGCGGCGUGCUCUAUGUGGUCAGGUCCACGUACGAGGACAACGAGAGCGAAGUCAGCAAAGGCGUCAUCGACUACAUGUACAACACCAAGCAGGGCCGUGGUGAGUACGUGGACAUUCACUUCCCCAACCAGUACCAGUACAUCGCCGCCGUGGAGUACAACCCCAGGGACAACCAGCUCUACGUGUGGAAUAACUUUUACGUCCUGCGCUACAACCUGGCCUUCGGACCACCCGAUCCAGCUCACGCCCCGCCUAUCUCAGAUGCCACCUCUGUGCCAGCGCCACCCCGAAUGACAACCACCACAAUGACAACAACAACAGCACAGCAUAGAGGCCUAACCACAACCAUAAACACUACAGGGACCAGGGUCGGCAACAAGCCCCCUAAACCCCCAGUGGCACCGUCCCGAACUACAACGCCUCCGUCCCUGGAGUCGUUCCCUUUGCCCAAGCGCUUCUGUGACAGCGUGGAGCGAAGGGACAUCCUGUGGCCUCAGACACAGAGGGGCAUGCUUGUGGAACGACCAUGUCCCAAAGGAACCAGAGGCACCGCCUCCUACCUGUGCGUCCUCUCCACCGGGGCCUGGCACCCAAAAGGCCCUGAUCUAAGCAACUGCACCUCUCACUGGGUCAAUCAAGUGGCUCAGAAGAUCCGGAGUGGGGAGAACGCGGCCAACCUGGCCAACGAGCUAGCUAAGCACACCAAAGGGCCCAUCUUCCCCGGCGACAUCAGCUCCACCAUGAGGCUUAUGGAGCAGCUGGUGGACAUCCUCGAUGCCCAGCUGCAGGAGCUGAGGCCAAGUGAAAAGGACUCUACCGGACGGAGCUUCAACAAGGUUCAAAAGCGAGAAAGGACAUGCAGGGCAUAUAUGAAGGCGAUCGUGGAUACCGUGGACAACCUGCUCCGGCCAGAAGCGCUGAAGUCUUGGAGAGGCAUGAAUAUCACAGAGCAGACUCACGCUGCCACCAUGUUACUGGACACUCUCGAGGAAGGAGCCUUCGUCCUUGCUGACAAUCUAAUGGAGCCCGCAAUAGUGAAAGUGCCAGCUAGCAAUAUAAUCCUGGAUGUGUAUGUGCUGAGCACAGAUGGCCAGGUGCAGGACUUCAAGUUUCCCCAAAGCAGCAAGGGUGGUAUAUCUAUCCAGCUGACAGCCAAUACAGUUAAACUGAACAGCCGGAAUGGUGUUGCCAAGUUGGUGUUUGCUCUGUAUAAAAACCUGGGCCAGUUCCUGAGCACCGAGAAUGCGACAAUCAAACUGGGCAGCGAGGCGAGCGGCCACAACCUCACCGUGGCCGUAAACUCAGAUGUCAUCGCUGCCUCAAUCAACAAGGAAUCCAGUCGAGUCUAUAUAACCGAGCCAGUGAUUUUUACCCUGGAACACAUUGAUAUGCAACACUAUUUCAACUCAAACUGCUCCUUUUGGAAUUACUCGGAAAGGAGCAUGAUGGGAUACUGGUCCACACAAGGCUGCAAGCUUGUUAAGUCGAACAAAACCCACACAACAUGCUCGUGCAGCCAUCUAACAAAUUUCGCCGUCCUUAUGGCUCAUCAGGAAAUGCUGGGCCCAGGCAGAGAGCACAAGCUGCUGCUGACGGUCAUCACUCGCGUGGGCAUUGUGGUCUCACUUGUCUGCCUGGCCAUGUGCAUCUUCACAUUCUGCUUCUUCCGUGGCCUGCAGAGUGACAGAAACACCAUCCACAAGAACCUUUGCAUUAACCUCUUCAUUGCCGAGCUCCUCUUCCUAAUUGGCCGCAGUGUGACAGAACUCAGGAUUGGUUGUGCGAUCAUCGCUGGGAUCCUGCAUUAUUUCUUCUUGUCCUCUUUUGCUUGGAUGUGUUUGGAGGGAGUUCAUCUCUAUCUUAUGCUCGUGGACAUCUUCGAGAGCGAAUACUCACGGAAGAAAUAUUACUACGUUUCGGGCUACCUGUUUCCCGCCAUCAUCGUGGGCGUGUCCGCGGCUGUGGAUUAUGGGAGCUAUGGAACAGAGAAAGCAUGCUGGCUGAGAUUGGACAACCACUUCAUUUGGAGUUUUAUUGGACCUGUUACCUUCAUCAUUAUGCUUAAUCUCAUCUUCCUGGUCAUCACAAUGUACAAAAUGGUGAAGCACUCUACUUCAUUGAAACCAGACUCCAGCAGGUUGGAAAACAUAAAGUCCUGGGUUCUAGGAGCGUUUGCCUUGCUGUGUCUUCUGUGUCUUACCUGGACCUUCGGUUUGUUAUUCAUCAAUAGCGAAUCCGUCGUGUUGGCCUAUCUCUUUACCAUAUUCAACACCUUCCAGGGAAUGUUUAUCUUCAUCUUCCACUGUCUGCUUCAGAGAAAAGUUCGUCGAGAGUACAGCAAAUGCCUCCGCCACACAUCUUGUUGCAGCAGCUUGCCAAGUGAGAGCUCCCACAGUUCCACAAAGACAGCAACAACAAGGACAAGUGCACGCUACUCCUCCGGCACUCAGAGCCGAAUCAGAAGAAUGUGGAACGACACUGUAAGAAAGCAAUCGGAAUCCUCCUUUAUCUCAGGGGACAUCAACAGCACAUCAACCCUCAACCAAGGAAUGACGGCCAAUUAUCUACUAACAAACCCUCUUCUACGACCCCAAGGCACUAACAACCCGUACAAUACCUUACUGGCCGAAACGGUCGUAUGUAACACUCCUACGGCUCCCGUCUUUAACUCUCCAGCGACCUACAGAGAGACAAGUAUGGGAGUAAAACUUAACUUUGCCUAUCAAAUGUAAUUUUUUUUUUCAGCAUGAUUUUUUUCUAAAAAAGCACAAUCACUGGUUUAGCCUCAGACCAUCUAUAUUCAGUGAGCAAGUGGUUCAGAAAUCUUUAAAAGUUGAAAUACGAUCAUUAUCUGGACUGACUCUUAUAGGGAGUGAGGGAGAAAAACAAUGAAUCAUUAUUUGAGUGAAGUAUGCAAAUAAAAUUGAAUAUCUUUAACACUUUUAGUAAGAACCGAGCUAUAAUAAUAAUAAUAAUAAUAAUAAUAAUAAUAAUAAUAAUAAAUCUAUAUCAAUAAGAAGCUAAAAACUAAUGAUUAUGAAUCAGAUAUACCAUGAAAAGGAAGGAAAAACAAGUGAUGGAGCAAUUUUUUUUUUUCUAGCAAAAAUCUGACUGUGUGCCACAAAUGACUCUGUAACUGUCCCUGUGGUACUGGAAAACAUUUUUAACAUGCUAAAUGUGGAAGAUAUGUUGGUUAUAUCAUCACUGCAGAUUAGGUGUAACCUUAGGGAGUAGAAUUGAAAAAGAUAUUGGUGUAACACUGCGUCACUGAGGGUACAGAUGUACACCAUAUGACAUUAGUGAUGAAGGAUUAUAACACAUCUGACUGUAUGGCACAGGAUGCCAUAAUCAUUCAUUUAAUAUCCUUCAAUUUAACAUGAGCUAAUGCAUCAAGCAUCUAUUAGAAGUGUUUUAAUAACACCAGUGACUAAAACAAUAGGAUAGGAUUAAUGACCUGUACAAUAGGAUAAAUACAAAUAUUUAAAAAUAUUUCAUAUAAUGGUUAUUGGAAACAAUAAAUUGCCCCCCCAAAAAAAAUCAUAGCACAUGUCGAUGACACGUAUAAUACAAGAGGUUUUAUUAAGUCUGUAGGAUUGAGAUUUGAUUGAGGACAUAUGAACGUCUUGUCAUUUGUGUAACCAGUCUCCAUACAUAGGAAAAAUUUACACUUUUUAGCAAAAUGUCUUCUAAAAUUGUUCAUACUUAUUUUUUGUUCUAUUUAUUCCAAGUAGCCUUUAAGAAUGCCUUUGAGAAAGUAAGAACGUAUUGAAAUCAUGGAUCAGGAUCAGGAAGCUGUCGCAUGGUUGCGAUGGACAUGCAGUUACAUGCAUAACACCAAGUUCAUCCCGAGUGGGAGAGACGACUCUGUGUAUGUUUGCAAGGAAAGAGCAGUCAUGUAGAGGAUGUUUCUUAUAGAUUCAAAUAAAUAACCAUAUCAGUCAGAUGUUUUAAAUGUAAAAAAUCAUUUUGAAUAUUUAAUGUUUAAAACGAUUUAAAUGAUAUUAAUUUAUUGUAUUUAUCUUCUUUUCUUUUUUAAAAAAAAAUUUUUAUCCAAACACUUAAAUAGAUGUUUGACGCAUUCAUUAGCUUGUAUUAAAUGUAAGUAAUUCCUGUGUCACAUGGUCAGAGCAGUUAUACACAGGGUGUCCCAAAUGUCUCCAUACAUAAGGGAAAGGAACACUUACUUACUUAUUUAUUUAUUUAUUUAUUAGAAAAAUAUAACUUUAUUUACAAAAAUAGCAUUUUUAACCCCAGUGACACUUGUAACACACUCCAUCCAAAUAAUGAACUAUAAAUAAAUGUCUUAGAGUCAUUACAGUAAAUGUUUGGCACUUUUCUGUGCAUAAUUGGAAUUAAGUCAUAGAGAUGCAUUAUGCUAUCUUCACUCCUCAUUAAAUUAUUAUUGUUAUCACAAAUGGAUGAUAUCAUCUGGAUCACUCCUAUUAACUUCUGCAGAUAAUUUAAAUCAGGAUAGCUGUGUGGUAAAAAUGGUUUUGCUUUUCUUUAGCAGCGGCUAUAAUUUCCCUUUGUGUAUGUCUUCAUUCCGGAUAGUAUUUCCACGUAUAAUCAGGUUUUCUACAUGCAAAUUAUUUUUGCCCGUUACCAAUGACAAUCAUAAUAAAAACAUUAUCACAAUAAAACACAUAGAGUCAUGUCAAAAAAUAAGUACACCCCAUGGAAAUUGUUGGGGGUUUUUUUUUCCUUUUUUUUUUUGUUUUGAACAAGCAAACUUUUGAUCCUUAUUGAAACAGUGCCUAUUAAUGACGUUGAUACGCUCUAUCAAAUGACACAUAAAAUGGACAUUUUGUAGUAAUUUUCACAAUUUAAAGUAACAAGAAAAAUUAAAAAACAGAUACAAAAACAGAAAAAGUAAAUAUACCCCUACAUUUAUCACACCUUCAAAUGCAUAAAAUUGGAAUCAGGUGUUGAAGAUCGGGUGCCAGUGAUUAGAACCUGCUUAGGGAGUGCAGGUGGAACCGGUCUUAUUUAUACCCCUCUCAUAUCUAGUGUCUGGUGUUCUCUUUGUUAUUAAGAUCUAAAGGGUUCUGUGAGGCCUUCAGAAAAAAAAGGUUGUGGAUGUCUAUGAGCCUGGCAAGGGAUUUAAAAAGAUCUGCAAAUUAUUUGAGAUACAUCAUUCCACUGUAAGGAACACCAUCUACAAAUGGCGCAGAUUUCAAACGACUGCCAAUUCGUCCAGAACUGGUUGUCCUAGGUAAUCAGCCCAAGAGCAGACCAUCUGAUGCAAAAACAAGUCUCCAAGAACCCCAAAAUUUCAUCACAGGAUCUUGCAACUGUUGGUGUGAAAGUGCGUGCUUCUACAAUCAGAAAGAGAUUGCACAAAUUUGACCUGCAUGGGAGUUGUGCCAGGAAAAAGCAUUUGCAAGACCAUAUAGGCAAAGACCAGGCCUUUUGGAAUAAUGUGCUCUGAACAGACGAAUCAAAUAUAGAGUUGUUUGGCCACAGGAACAGCAGACAUAUUUGGUGCAGAUCAAAGACAACUUUUCAGGAGAAGCACCUCAUACCUACUGUGAAGCACGCUGGUGGAAAUGUUAUUGUUUGGGGUUGCUUCACUGCCUCAGGGACCAGAGAGCUUGCAUUCAUUGCAUUCAUUGAUUCAACUAUGAAUUCUGCAUCAUAUCAAAGAGGAUAAUGUUUGGUCAUCUGUCCGAAAUUUGAAGUUGAACCGAAAGUGGAGCUUUCAGCAGGAUAAUGAUCAAUGUGCUCACUAGCACACUCGCAAAUCCACCAAGGAAUGGAGGGUUAUGGAAUGGCCUAGUCAAAGCCCGGAUUUGAAUCCCAUUGAAAUGUUGUGGGGGGAUUUGAAACGGGCAAUACAUGCAAGAAAACCCUCAAGCAUCUUGUAACUGAAAGAAUCUUGCAUGGCAGAGUGGUCAAAAAUUCCAGCAACAUUUAUUCAAAAUGCCUACAAGAAGUUAUUUCUGUUUAAGGGAGCAAUACUAGCUUUUGAGGCCAAUAGUGCACUUACUUUUUCCUCAGAAGAAUAUCACAUCUAUCGAUAUUUCUGUUGAAUAAAUGGGUGAAAAAGCUCAUUUUCCUUGUGGAUUUGUUCAAGUAUAUCAACUGGGGUUUUUUUUAACAGGCACAGUUUCAAAGAUGAUCAAAUGUUUGCUUGUCCAAAUAUGGCAAUAAAUAAACCAUUUCAAUGGGGUGUAUUUAUUUUUUCACACAGUUCUGUAGAACUUCUGAUUGUUAUGUAGAAUGUUAUGUAGUUCAUAGACGGUUAGAUAGUUCUGUUCGUUUUUACACACAUCAUAUCUGUAAUGUUUACCAAAAUGUUUCCUUUUAUUCCCCUUUCCCUCGAUCCCAAACCCCUUCUAAGCAUUACAAAUGUUCGUCUCAUAGUCUGCUUUGUCCUUUUAUUCCCUUUUUGAUUUCCAAGACCUCCAUUUGAGGAGAUGCCAAUAACUGCUGACCCAGUGUAGACUUUGUGAUAAAAAAAAAUAAUAAUAAAAAAAAAUAAAACAGAAAAGGGGUGGGGGAAAAAAAACAUUUGAAUCUGGCACUGCAAGCUGUGAGGAGAACACAGAGCUGUAUUUUUCAGAUCGACCUUUACCUGCCCAAGGCAACAACGCUCACAUACCCACUCAAUUAGCUGCAGACUUAACGGUCCAGCUCGCAAAAACAAACUGAAUGGUGACAUUUAAUGAGGAGAGAAGCUCUUAAUUGUCUAUCAGAUUUAAUUUGCUGAACCCUUGCUCACGUUGAUUUUGUCAGUGAUUACAUCAUGUUUUACAAUAAAAUCAUUUGGGUUUUUUUUGUUUUGUUUUGUUUUUUUUUUGUUUUGUUUCUUUCUUUUGU